CUGGCGCAGCGGCAGGAGAUGCUGUCGGGCCGCGGCAGCGCUCGGGAGCUGGGAGCUCUGCCUUGAAGGCACGGAGCGAGGCGUACUGCCCGGCAGGCUGGUAAAGUGAAUGCUGAGGACGGAAGACUUUAAUGACACAGACCACUGAAUUUCUUUGUUUGGAGUACAAGUUAUGAACCCUUUCUGGAGCAUGUCUGCAAGCUCUGUGCGCAAACGAUCUGAUGGUGAAGAGAAGACAUUGACAGGGGAUGUGAAAACCAGUCCUCCACGAACUGGGCCAAAGAAACAGCUGCCUUCUAUUCCCAAAAAUGCUUUGCCCAUAACUAAGCCUACAUCUCCUGCCCCGGCAGCACAGUCCACAAAUGGCACACAUGCUUCUUAUGGACCCUUCUACCUGGAAUACUCUCUUCUUGCAGAAUUUACCUUGGUCGUGAAGCAGAAGUUACCAGGGGUCUAUGUGCAGCCCUCUUACCGCUCUGCAUUAAUGUGGUUUGGAGUGAUAUUCAUACGGCAUGGACUUUAUCAAGACGGAGUGUUUAAGUUUACAGUUUACAUUCCUGAUAAUUACCCCGAUGGCGACUGUCCGCGCUUGGUGUUUGACAUCCCUGUCUUUCACCCGCUGGUUGAUCCCACCUCAGGUGAACUGGAUGUGAAGAGAGCAUUUGCAAAGUGGAGGCGGAACCAUAACCAUAUUUGGCAAGUAUUAAUGUAUGCAAGGAGAGUUUUCUACAAGAUCGAUACGACAAGCCCCCUAAACCCAGAGGCUGCAGUACUGUAUGAAAAAGAUAUUCAGCUGUUUAAAAGCAAAGUGGUUGACAGUGUGCAGGUGUGCACUGCUUGUUUGUUCGACCCUCCUAAAAUAGAAGACCCCUAUGCAAUUAGCUUUUCUCCAUGGAACCCUUCUGUACACGAUGAAGCCAGAGAGAAGAUGCUGACUCAGAAAAAGCCUGAAGAACAGCACAAUAAAAGUGUUCACGUUGCUGGCCUGUCAUGGGUAAAGCCGGGCUCAGUACAGCCUUUCAGUAAAGAAGAGAAAACAGCAGCAACUUAAGAGAUGGUGAAUCUGGUGCACCAUGCACUUUCCUGCUGGACUCUGGCCUAGUUAAAGCUGACCAAUGGCAAAGGACUGCCGGAAGAGUAAAACUGUGUGACUCAUGACUGACGAUCAGUGUUUUCGUGGAUGCACAGGUUCUAACAGCAGGUUCUGGAAACCUCUCUCUGCGUAAUACGUUACUUCUGUCAGGAGUGUCUUAGGGUGAUUAUCUAGUUCAGUACUCCAAAUUGUUGGGGACCUUGAGGCUUAAGUAUUUUUCUGAAUAUAAUGCUAAAGGUAAGUUGCAUUCAUUUAAACUAAGCACUAUUUAAAAGUGGUUCCAGCUGUACAUACGUUAGGGCGUGGAGAAGCGAGGUCUAGAGAGAGCAGGUUCCAAACUCAGCACUUUGAAGUGGAAGAUGGUUUGAAUCUCAGUCUUCAGCCUGCUGUCUUACUGACUUAUCAACUGAUAUCACUGAGAAAGAUAUUAGUUGAGAAGAAACCAGAAUGCUUGUUCAUAGUUUUUUUUUUUUUUUUAAGCAAAUUAGUUACUGUAUUUUUAUGGUAGGAGGGAGAAAAAGUGUUACAACCGUUUCUAAUCAAGUCAGGUAUUUAAAUGAUGGUGACUAAUGUGUUUAGUAGAGACAAAAUAAAACAAUAAAGGAUUGUUCUUUGUCAUUUGUACAGAAAAUUAAAUACCCUUUCUCAGUAUAACUGAACAAAGACUAAUUUAUAAAUGCUUUAUUGAAAAAUACACUUAUCUUCAUAUAAAAUUACAGUAGCAGUAAGUCUCUUGAGAAGUUUUAUAAAUAUUUUUGCAGAACACUAUUCUAAUUGAACAGUGUAAGUUCCAUAGUUCUUUCAGAGCAAUAUGAAGUUACUUAGUAACUUUGUUUAUACUGAUUCAAUUUAUAAUUGAAUUUUCUCCCUAAUAAGAUUAAUUCAACUUUAAAACUGUUGGAACAAUAGUGAUUAAUAAAGGCAUAUAGAUAUCUCAGUGGCUGUUAAAUAACGUUUUCUAAUUUGUAUAAAUGGUACUAUGUACUAAUAAAAACCUAAAUUCUCCAACCUAUUUUUUUAAACUGCCAGGAAUACACCCCCCAAAUUUUAAAACGUAUCACCUUAAUAGACACAUGUCUUUAGGUAGAGAACUACCUCCUAAAGGAAGGUCAUAAUUUUUCAUAUUAAUCCCCUUAAUUCAACUUGAUUUAAAUUCUUUACUUAGCCAGCUAAUCCCUACAUAACAAAAAAAAAAACUGGAAAAUUUAAAACACAUGCCCAAAAAGUGGCUACAGGGGCUUUAACAGUUUAAAAAAAGUACAAAAGCAUUAAAGAAAAUAUUGGAUGUUUA